UGUGGGAUGAGUUCUGUUCUGAGGAGACGAGCCGAUYCUGCUGCUGAUGCUGCUGUCUGGGUGGAGAGACACAUUGUACCUCACAUCAGACCUGAGUUUUGGAGUCCCUGGGCUCAGACGUGUGCUGUGCCCAGUGUCAGCAGACAGAGAUGUGUCCUGCUGCUGAUACGGAACAGAAGCAGAGGCCCAGCUGGACCUUGUUGGAUCCAAAACGACACAGAAAUGGCAAAGAGGGACUACCUGGUGGAGGCGGCCAAGCAGAUCCGCAUGGCACUGGACAGUGAAGUCAAUGAGGACUACGAGGCAGCUUUCAGCUACUAUAAGAAUGGUGUGGACUUGCUGCUGAAUGGAGUCCAGUUGGAUCCAAACAAAGAUAGACGAGAGGCUGUGAAGAGGAAGACGACUCAGUAUCUGAAAAGAGCGGAAGAAAUCUUCAUUACACAUUUACAGGAUAACCUCGGGAAGGGAGGCUCUCAUUUAGGGGUAAGAAAAACAUCUUGAUAUUUUUCCUCCCUAAAAUAA